AUGGAGGCCAGCUUGGAGCGUGCUGUGCAGAAAAGGCAAGUCUUAUUUCUUUGUGUAUUUCUGGGGGUGUCCUGGGCUGGCGCCGAACCUCUUCGCUAUUUUGUGGCGGAGGAAACCGAGAGAGGCACAUUUCUGGCCAAUCUUGCAAAUGCCCUGGGGUUAGGGGUGGAGGAACUGUCAGCCAGAGGAUGUAGCAUCUUUUCAGACCAGAACGUGAGAUUUUUACUACUCAAUCCGCUUACUGGUGAUUUAAUACUAAAUGAGAAAUUGGACCGAGAGGAACUGUGUGGCCCCACUGACCCCUGCGUGUUGCCCUUUCAGUUAUUACUGGAAAAGCCAUUUCAGAUUUUCCGUGCUGAACUAUGGGUCACAGACAUCAACGAUCAUUCUCCAGUAUUUCUAGAUAGAGAAAUUCCCUUGAAAAUAUUAGAAAGCACCGUUCCAGGGGAGGCAUUUCUCCUGGAACGUGCACAGGACCCAGAUGUUGGAGUCAACAGCCUGAAUAACUAUACCAUCAGCCCAAAUGCCUAUUUCCAUAUGAAUGUCCGUAGUGGCGAGGAGGGGACUAUCUAUCCGGAAUUGGUAUUGGAUGAAAUGCUGGAUCGCGAAGAGGUGCCUGAGCUCAGUUUAACCCUCACAGCUUUGGAUGGCGGCUCUCCGCCUAGAUCCGGGACCGCCCUGGUACGCAUCUUGGUCUUGGACAUAAAUGACAAUGCCCCUAAAUUUGUGCAGCCACUCUACAAGGUGCAAGUGCCCGAGAGCAGCCCCGUUGGCUCUCUGGUUGUCGCCGUGUCAGCUAGGGACUUAGAUACCGGAAGCAAUGGGGAAGUAGUUUAUGCAUUUUUUUAUGCCACUGAAAGAAUUCUCAAAACGUUUCAUAUCAAUUCAACAUCUGGUGAUCUCCAUCUUAAAGCCGAGUUGGACUAUGAGGCAAUUCAAACUUACACGUUGACUAUCCAGGCCAAAGACGGCGGAGGGCUGUCUGGAAAAUGCACUGUGUUAGUGCAGGUGACAGAUAUAAAUGAUAACCCGCCGGAACUGCUCAUGUCAUCGCUUACUAGCCCAAUUGCAGAAAACUCGCUCGACACAGUAGUUGCUGUUUUUAGGAUUAGAGACAGAGACUCAGAGAGCAAUGGAAAAAUGAUGUGCUCUAUCCAGGACGAUCUUCCCUUCCUCCUGAGGCCAUCAGUAGAGAAUUUCUACAGUUUGGUAACAGAGAAACCUUUGGACAGAGAGUGGAACGCCAAGUACAACAUCACAAUCACUGUCACCGACAUGGGGUCACCCAGGCUAAAAACAGAGCACAGAAUAACGGUGUUGGUCUCCGAUGUCAAUGACAACGCGCCCAUAUUUGCCCAAACCUCCUACACUUUGUUCGUCCGCGAGAACAACAGCCCUGCCCUGUACAUUGGCAGCGUCAGCGCCACAGACAGAGACUCAGGCACCAACGCUCAAGUCACCUACUCGCUGCUGCCGCCCCAGGACCGGCACCUCCCCAUCGCCUCUUUGGUCUCCAUCAACGCGGACAACGGGCACCUGUUCGCUCUGAGGUCGCUGGAUUACGAGGCCCUGCGAGCCUUCGAGUUCCACGUGGGCGCGGUCGACGCUGGCUCCCCGACGCUGAGCAGCGAGGCGCUGGUGCGCGUGGUGGUUGUGGACGACAACGACAACUCGCCCUUCGUGCUGUACCCGCUGCAGAAUGGCUCUGCGCCCUGCACCGAGCUGGUGCCCAGGGCGGCCGAGGCGGGCUACCUGGUGACCAAGGUGGUGGCAGUGGACGACGACUCAGGCCAGAACGCCUGGCUGUCCUACCAGCUGCUCAAGGCCACGGAGCCCGGGCUGUUCAGCGUGUGGGCGCACAAUGGCGAGGUGCGCACCGCCAGGCUGCUGAGCGAGCGCGACGCGGCCAAGCACAGACUCGUCGUGCUGGUGAAGGACAAUGGCGAGCCGCCAAUGUCAGCCACCGUUACGCUGCACGUGCUCCUGGUGGACGGCUUCUCGCAGCCUUACCUCCCACUCCCGGAGAUGACCCUGAACGAGGCCCAGGCCGACUCGCUCACCGUCUACUUGGUCACUGCGCUGGCGUCGGUCACGUCGCUCUUCUUGUUUUCUGUGCUCUGGUUUGUAGCGGGGCGGCUGUGCAGGAGGAACAGGGCCGCUCCGAUGGGUCGCUGCUCGGUGCCUGAGGGCCACUUAUCGGGCCAGUUGCUGGACUUCAGCGGUACUGGGACCCUGUCCGAGACUUACCAGUACCAGGUAUGUCUGACAGGAGGUUCUGGGGCCAGCGAAUUCAAGUUCCUGAAACCAAUUAUCCCCAAUCUUCCACCCCAGAGCACUGAGAUUCGAGAAGUGGAAGAAAAUCUCUCAUUUCAGAAUAAUUUGGGCUUUUGA